AUGGCUCUGAAGGCAAGGAUUCAACCAAGGACAAUGUUGUCAAAACGGAAGGUGACCAGGGAGGAAAGAGAUGCUGCGGUUGUUACAACAAGAAGGAAACGUCGAAGUAGCGGUGACAACAAAAAGGAGCGGAAGACCCUCAAAAGACGGUAUAUUGAAUGGGUAUAUCGUUGGGAAGGUGCACUUGGUCGUCGUGCUGAUGCAGGUCUUUGCGUAACUCGUGCAAUGCGAGAAGACCUUCAACGAGCAUGGGGUGUUCAUGCAGCCGUGUUCUACGAUCGGGCACCUAGCUGCGCGUUCAGGGAGUUCUCUUUAAAUGAAAAGCACGAAUUGUUACUCCGACUUGGUUUGGGGUGCCAAUGGACAGCUACUCGCUUUUCCGUUCGCGAUCCAUCCACUCGAGAAGUUCGUUUCCGCGAUGAUCGUCCGUUGUUAGUUAUUUCGUCGACAUCAUGGACUCCUGAUGAGGAUUUCCAAAUCUUGCUAGAUGCUGCCAGUAGUACAGAACGACGUGGCAGCGCAUCAGUAGGAGCCUGCGUGAGGAGGAUGACACCAGCAACACGGCUUCCUAUCAUAGUGCUAAUAAUAACUGGACGUGGUCCAUUGAAGGAGUUUUAUAUGGAGAAGAUUCAGAGGAUGAAAAUGGAAUAUGUUGAGAUCCACACGCCAUGGCUAGAGUCGCAGGAUUAUCCUCUUAUGAUUGCAACUGCCGAUCUUGGAGUUUCACUUCACACGAGCACUUCAGGUAUUGUAGUACUGCUUAUGGUCUCGAUCCUUCCAAUGAAGUGCUGA